AUGACUUUUGCCCCGGUGAGUACAGCCGACAUCACCCCAGGCCGGAUGGUGAACAUCCAGAGAUCACGACAGCCGACGAAAAUCAUCGCUGGAUCCUCGAUUUGUACCACGAAUGAGAUCCGGCCGAGUCUCGGGGCCGAUACGAUACGAGAAUUCGGCGGAGGAUUCUGGACUCUGGACUCCUGGAGUACUCCCGAGAACUACCUUAAAUUGUAUAUCCUAAUUCUCCCGCCCUAUCGUGGCUCGUGCGCUGGAGUGCUCGGGAGGAAGGCAGGGGGCAGCCGGAUGAAUCGUCGCAGUUAUAUUUGUAGUGUAGCAACGAUUCGCAUCAGUAUCACCUCCACAGAUCCAGGGAGAGCUCUACUCACCAAAUCAUUCCGUCGGAAUUCUUCCCCAGACCGUCGACCACCUCCUGGAUAUGACUCGCAUGCGACAUCCCACAAGCUCAGCUCACGACAUUAUCCCCUCACCAUCCAGACACCUGGCGAUCCUCGUACCUAUCUCUAG